AUGUACUCCCAACUGGAGCUGGAACGUGUUGUUCAUUAUCGGUCUUACGUCUACCGUGAUCGUGAGGCUGCCUAUUUACGUCUUACGCAAGACUUCUUCAAUGACAAUCCAACGUACGGCCCUACAUUUUUUCGAGGUCGUUUUUUAAUGCAGAAGGAGUUGUUCUUGCGCAUCGUCGAUGCUGUGCAAGAUGAAGAUAGUUACUUUCAGAUAAGCCAUGAUGCACGAGGUCGGGACUCUCUCACGCCUUUGCAGAAAUGCACGGUGGCUAUCCGCCAAUUAGCCACUGGCGUCAGUGCAGAUACUUUCAACGAGUACCUCAAGGUCGCCGACACGAUGGGGCGUCUAUGCCUAAAGAGAUUUUGCAGAGCUGUCAUCCGGGCAUACGGAGCCGAGUAUCUUCACGGAUUUCCCGCCUUGAUCUUGGAGGCCUCGCCUUUGUUCUCCGGCGUGUUGGAUGAAACGUCGGCGUCGCUGAUUUUUGAGACCAACCGGCACUACUACCAGAUGGGCUACUACUUGUGCGGCGACAUAUAUCCAGAGUGGCGUUGCUUCGUCAAGAGUACACCGAUGUCGACCAAUCCAAAUGAGGCGAGGUUCAAAAAGAUGCAAAAAUCGGCACAGAAGGAUGUUGAACGUGCCUUUGCAGUGCUUCAAGCGAUGGGGAAUCAUUCGAAGUCCGGCGCGGAAUUGAGAAAUGACGACGCAGGACACGGGUCGUCUAGCAGUGACUCGACGGAGAGUGCUCGAGCAACCCCGCUUUAUUUCGAGGAAUAUGUGCAAAUAGAUGCACUUCUCCGAUAUAGACAGAUACAUGCUCAGCUCCAACAGGCAACAUGA